AUGGGUCCGGCAGACACCAUCCAAAAUAAAAAUCAAGCAACAAAUCAAGACCGUGCCAAGGCAAUGAUAUUCCUCCGCCGUCACCUUGAUGAGGACUUGAAAUUGGAAUAUCUCACUAUUAAAGAUCCUUUUAUGCUGUUGAAUAAUUUAAAAGAUAGACAUGACCACUUGAAGAUGCUGAAAUUAUGUGGUGCAAAUAUCACUGAUAAUGAUCUGUUGGAGAAAACUUUCACUACUUUCUAUGCCUCAAAUGUGCUCCUGCAACAGCAAUAUCGAGAGAUGGGGUUAAAAAGGUAUUCUGAACUAAUUUCACAUCAUCUUGUAGCCGAACAAAAUAAUGGGUUAUUAAUGAAAAAUCAUGAAAGCCGACCUACUGGUUCUAAUCCAUUCCCUGAAGUGAAUGAAACUCACUUUCACCAAGAUAAGCGUGGAAAAGGCCGUGGCCCCAAUCCUCGUCGUGGACCUAGCAAUGGUCAUGACCGUGGUCGAGGGAAAAGUUAUAAUCAUGAUGAUCGCCUUGCACCAAAUAAAUCCCUUCAAAAGAAGGAUGAAAAGCAUGAAGCGAUGCAAAGGAGAAAUCCAGAAGAUAAAUGCCACAGAUAUGGUGGUAAAGGGCAUUUGGUAUGUGUUUGUCGUACGCCAAGACACUUGGUUGAGCUUUAUCAAGCCUCCCUAAAAAGGGCAGAAAAGAAUGCUAAAGCAAAUUUUAUUUCUGAAGAUAAUGAUGACUUCAUGCAUUUGGAUGUAGCUGAUUACUUUGCACUCCCACAAAUAGAUCCUGUAAUCAGAGAUGAAUCUAUAGAAACUUAG